AUGCACGUGUGGCAUCACCGUUACCACACUCCGUCCGUUCACUUGCCUGGGGAGACGUUUCCUCGUGGGGGCUACAAGGGUGUGCCGGAUGGCUACGUCGAUGGGUGGCCGCAUGCCAAGUCUUGGCCGCAUCUCGCAAAGAAGAAAGGGACGGCGUCCGGUGGAGCUGAGGGGUCAGGCGGGAUGGAGCGGUUCAUGACAACCAAGCUGUCCACGGAGGAGCUACGGCAGGCGAUCGCCAAGCUGGUGGUCACCUGCGACCUCCCCUUCCGCAUCGUCGAGUCCGAGGCCAAGAACUUCAUCCCCUCGCGGUGGACGGUAUCCCGCGACACUGUGGUUUAUGCAACAGCAGCUCUCCAGUCCGCCAUUGCGGAGAUGCUGGCGAAGGAGGGGGAGUUGGGGUGCAAGGUGUCGAUCACCAUCGACAUGUGGACGGCACCCAACAACAAGGCAUGGCUAGUGGUGACAGGUCACUGGAUAGACGAGAACUUCCAGCUGCGCACAAUGGUGCUUGAGUUCCGUGAGAUGCUCGGGCGGCAUGGGGGCAGGGAGAUGGCGCAGGUGGUUGAGGAGACGAUUGUGCAGUGGGGGUUGGAGGGGCGUUGUCUUGGUUUCACGACAGACAACGCCUCUAACAACAUUGCCGCCUUCAGGCGGAUGUCGGAGGAGGGUGGUGGUCAGUGCUUCUUCAGCUCGCGCAUGCACUUCCGGUGCUUGGCACACGUGAUCAACCUUGCUGUGCAGGCAGCACUGGCUGUGGAUUCCAUACGGAAGUUGCUGAAGAUACUGAGAGAGAUGGCGUCGUGGAUUGGCUUCUCUCCACAGCGCUCGGGGUCUUUCUUGGGCCUUCAGCGGACCUCGCAGGCCAACCCCGCCACGCCGAAGCCGGCGUUGAAGCUGGGCUUGUCGAAGACCGACAAGAAGAAGGUGGAGAGUUUGCGCCUGACAGACGCAGACUGGGAGACCCUGCAGGCGGUGAAGACAUUCCUGAGCCCCUUCGCGAAGGUCUCCAAGGCAGCAGAGGGGGCGGCGUACCCGACUGUGUCGAUGGUGGUGCCGUACUACAACGGCCUGAUCGACGCCAUGGAGUCGCGCCUUGCCAAGGGGCCAUCUCCGACGCUGCAGCCGAUGAUCGUGGCGGCGCUGAGCCACUUGAAGAAGAGGGUGAGGCCGCGUCCGGCGUCGGGCGAGGUGAUCAAGCUGGUGCGCGACCGCGUGGCCGAGUACCAGGCCCGGGCUGCAGAGCUUGCUCCACGGCCGACCCCACUUGCCCCCGUUGCGGAGGAGGAGGACGGAGACGAGGAGGAGGACGACGAUGACGCGCAGUUUCUUCCUAGUCGCCGACGACUUGCGGCGCGUCUGUCGGCGAGCCAGGAGGCGGGGGCGGGUGGGAUGGUGCAGGAUGACGAGGUUAGCAGGUACUUGUCCGAGAGGGUGCGGUGCGACGUGACAGCGCUAGAGUACUGGCGCAGUGCCACCAACAUGCAGACGCUGAGGCGCAUGGCCCGGGAUUAUCUCGCCAUCCCUGCCACGUCCGCUUCGAGUGAGCGGGUGUUCUCCCUUGGUCGCAACCUCAUUUCCUGGAAGCGGCACCGCCUGGCCUCUCAGAGGACGCGAGCUGUCAUGAUUCUCAGAUCAUGGUACAGUUCACACCCUGGCCAGAGGAUUGGCGAGGGCCGCCGACCGAGAGGCGUCGCACCACCAGAGUUCGCCAUUGAGGGCGAGGGGGCAGAGGAGGAUGACGAGGAGGAGGAGGAGGAGGGUGUGGAGGCUGAAGACACAGCUGCAGCAGAGGAUGCUGUUGUUGGUAGUAGCAGUGGCGCCUUAGUGUAG